GCUCAUGUAAUAAUGGCAGCGGGUCAGAUCUCUGACAAAUGACAGCGUUAUAAUGGCAACUUGCUGCACUUCUUUUCCUUUUCUGGAUAUCUCUCUCCCUCUCCCUCUCCCCUGCUUUAGUAAAGUUGGCCUCUGCAUUGCAUUUCUGUCUUCUCCAUUGCUCAUUCCAAUGGCGUCUUCGUCUGUGUCUUCUCUUCUUUCAGAUUUCCACAUUUCAUCAGUUCCUCGUCAUGGUCGUCGCAUUCCCAGGCCAUUCCAGAUAAAGGCGAGUGGGAAUAGUUUUGGAAGUCAUUUUCGAGUGACAACAUAUGGAGAAUCCCAUGGAAGAGGCAUUGGUUGUGUCAUUGAUGGAUGCCCUCCUCGUCUCCCAUUGCAUGAAGCUGACAUACAAGACCAUCUUGAUAGAAGGAGGCCGGGUCAGAACCGACUCACUACUGCUAGAAAAGAGACUGAUACGUGUAAAAUAUUGUCAGGAGUUUCUGAAGGAGUUACUACAGGAACUCCCAUCCAUGUCUUUGUUCCUAAUAUUGAACAGAAAGGAGAUGAUUAUCGUGAGAUGCUCUUAGCUUAUAGGCCUUCACAUGCAGAUGCAACCUAUGAUAUGAAGUAUGGCGUCAGAUCAGUGCAGGGUGGUGGUAGAUCUUCAGCAAGAGAAACAAUUGGAAGGGUUGCUUCUGGUGCUGUUGCAAGGAAAAUCCUCAAGGAGUUUUCAGGAACUGAGGUUCUUGCCUAUACCUCUCAAGUCAAUAAGGUUGUUCUUCCUGAGGAUCUGACUGAUCAUGACACUCUGACCCUUGAUCAGAUUGAAAGUAAUAUUGUCCGAUGCCCAGACCCUCAAUAUGCAGAAAAGAUGAUAGCUGUUGUUGAUGAUGCUAGAAUGAAAGGUGAUUCGGUUGGUGGCGUGAUAACUUGUAUUGUAAGAAACUGCCCACGUGGCCUAGGUUCGCCGGUAUUUGACAAACUUGGGGCUGAACUUGGCAAAGCUGUUCUAUCAAUUCCGGCAACCAAUGGCUUCCAAUUUGGCAGUGGCUUUACGGGUACUUUUUUGACUGGAAGUGAGCACAAUGAUGAAUUUUAUAUAGACAAGCAUGGAAAGGUGAGAACAAAAACAAAUCGCUCUGGUGGGAUUCAGGGUGGAAUCUCCAACGGAGAAAUCAUUAACAUGAGAAUCGCUUUCAAGCCAACACCAACUAUUAGAAAAAAGCAGCAUACUGUGACUAGAGACAGGAAAGAGACAGAACUCAUAGUUCGUGGUCAACAUGAACCUUGUGUAGUCCCAAGAGCUGCACCUAUUGUGGAAGCCAUGGUAGCCUUGGUACUUGUGGACCAAUUGAUGGCACAAUAUGCACAAUGUAAUCUCUUUCCCAUCAAUCCAGAAUUGCAAGAACCUCUAUAUCCUGUAUUAGAGCCACCCAAAGUACCCCUUUAAAUCAAGAUGAAGGAAGGCCAUCCAAAGUAAUUCUCCAUUGCACUCAGUAUUAGUAAUUAGUUAAGACAUGCUUCUUUCAGUAUGACAUUUUUUUUAGGCCUGUCUCAGUAUGAUGUUUAAUUAGUCAUUUGAAACUAGUCCAGUUAUGUAACUUCCUGCACUUGGUGUUUCAGCUCAGAAAUCUGUUCAAUUUGUCUGCCAAAUAAAGAGAUAUAAUGUAUUGAAACAUCAUUUGACAUACAAAUGAUAGCCUACACUAGAAAA